AUGGCUACUCGGAGAUGUGCAGCGGUCGUCGUAGGAGCCGGUCCGGCUGGAGUUGCCGUCAUGGGAAACUUGUUGGAGCGCCAGCUGGGCACAAUCGCAUGGAUUGAUCCUUCUUUUGAGGCUGGGAGAGUCCAUAGCAAGUAUCGCGAAGUUCCCAGCAACACCAAGGUCUCAUUAUUCCAAGCAUACGCGAAAGCCACUCAGCCUUUUCAGAAAGUGAUUGAUAACACCAAAUCACCUAAUGCGUUCACCAAAUUGGGCAAGCUCGACCAAGACUCAACUUGCACCCUUGGUUUUGCAGCGGAUGUGGUCCGUGACCUGACAGCCGGUCUAAUGAAGAUGGAGCAAGUAUAUGCAUGCCACGGCGCUGUCAAAUCAGCCAACCUGAACGAAACGACCUCCAACUGGACCAUUUCCAUCAAACAGAAUUCAUCCGAAGACCUUGAGACCAUUGAGACUACCCGCCUGAUCCUCUGCACAGGCUCCUUCCCCACAACAGCCAGUAUUCCCGUCCCCGGACUGGACAUCCAGCGCUUGGACCUCGACGUAGUCCUCAAGCCCACCGAGCUAGCACAGACGCUCCCUUCAGACAGACCUAUCUCCGUCGCCAUCGUCGGUGCAUCCCACAGCGCCAUUCUCGCCAUCCUGAACCUCACCAAGCUCGCCCAAACCUCCCACCCUCUCCUGCGCAUCAGUUGGUUCACCCGUCACGCCCUCCGCUACGCAGAGUACAAGGACGGCUGGAUCCUACGCGACAACACCGGUCUCAAGGGCCUCGCUGCGGACUUUGCUCGCUCCGAGCUGGAAGACGAGAAGCUUCCCACUUCGCGCGCUGGCCAGGUCCUAGCCAAGAUAGACUGCGCUGGUGGCCAGGAGAUUGAGUCUGCUCAGUACCACAAGUACUUGCCCGCGUGCGACUAUCUUGUCCAGGCAGUUGGGUAUACUCGUACCUCGCUCCCUGCUCUCUCGAAGAAUGGCGCGCCCCUUCUUAUGAGCUUUGAUCAUGAUACUGGCAAGUUCCACGAGCCUGGUCGUUCAUCUGAUAUCCCCGGGCUGUUUGGUGCCGGUAUUGCGUUCCCUGAGCGGGUCGUGGACCCACAUGGUAAUGAGGAGUAUGCGGUUGGGUUCUGGAAGUUCAUGAAGUUCCUGAAGCGGGUCGUCCCGUCGUGGGUUGCGUGA